AUGGCAUUGGCUGGCAGGGCUGUCCCAGGCCGGGGGAGCCUCAGAAGGCCGUGUCCCUUCAGCAUCGACCACAUCUUGUCCAGCCCUCCCCCGCCAGCCUUGCCCGCCUUUGGCCCACAGACCCAGGUCAAGAGUCCUGAGCCACCCAGGGGGUCCCACUCUCCUGCAGCCCUGCCUGAGGACCCUGAGGAGCUGGGGGAGCCAGGCCCAGCAACCUGUGGCAUCUGCUGUUGCUGUGCUCACCAUGCCAGCCCCCACGGUCUGCAGGAGCCUGCUGUCUGGCUGGACUCCAGGUUUCCUUGGCCAUUGAGGCUGCUUCCUGCUACAGGCCGCAUGUGCAAGGGGUCCCAGGGACCCCCAGCUGGGACCCUGCCCUCAUUCCAGCCCCUGCAAAGAAGAACCCGGAGGCACCGAACCAUCUUCAGCGAGGAGCAGUUGCAGGCCCUGGAGGCCUUGUUCCUGCAGAACCAGUACCCAGAUGUGGUGGCCCGGGAACAUCUGGCUAACCGCAUCCACCUCAAGGAAGAGCGUGUGGAGGUCUGGUUUAAAAACCGUCGGGCCAAGUGGCGGCAUCAGAAGCGGGCGUCAGCCUCAGCCCUCAUCCUACAAAGUACUAAGAAGGCUCCCAAGGAGAGCUGCUGA